UUUUAGAGCAAGCGGAAGGUCUGGAGCAUUUGAAGUAAGAGUGUCACAACCUGUUCUCCAGUGAACUGGAUUUUUGCGAUCCCAUACGGCAUUCUACGAUGAAAGAUGUCACUGAGGCCUCGAGUUGUGAAUUUUGACGAAACAUGGGCUAAGAUCCGAGAAACAUUAGAAUCUGUUGUAACUUUGAAGAAGAUUCCACGAUCAGUUUGGAAUGACAGGUUUUCUGAUGUGUAUGCCCUCUGCGUAGCUUUCCCAGAACCUUUAGGUGAAAAACUUUAUGCUGAAGUGAAGGGUUUCUUGGAGAAUCAUGGCCAAAGUCUGUAUGAGGCUGUCAGUGGCCCAGAUGUGGAUAUCCUUCGUCUUUACCACAAUCACUGGUCACAGUUCAGCAAAGGGUCUUUAUACAUGAACCUCUUAUUUGGCUAUCUAAACACACAUCUGAAGAAACAAAAACAGGAUUAUGGGGAGAUCUCUCCAUACAGCACAUCGUUUUCUCCCGAUGCCAUGGAGGAAGUGAUGGAUAUUGGGGCACUUGCUCUGGAUAUUUGGAAAAGAAAGAUGAUAGAGCCGUUGAAAGAGACCCUCGUAAAACAUGUGCUGAUAGAAGUCAAGAGGGAUCGUGAAGGAGAAGACACACACCAGAACAUCGUACACGAGACAGUUCUCUCCUUUGUUGAAGUACAGCAGUACCAGUCAAAAGGAGCUCUUCAUCUAUAUGAGGAAGUGUUUGAGAAAUCCCUUCUGAAAGAAACUAAAGAGUACUAUAGGCGAGAGGCAGCAGAGCUGCACUGUGGUAACACUUGUCAGGCUUUCAUUUCCAAGGUUGACAUUCGCAUUCAGGAUGAGGAUUUAAGAACAAGGAAAUUCUUCCACCCCGUGUCAUACAGUCGGGUGAUCAGGGAGUGUGAAGCACGUAUGGUGGAGGAUUACAUUCCUUACUUACAAAUAGAAUGUCGGCAGAUGGUGCAGGAGGAAAAUACUCAAUAUCUUUCGAAGCUAUAUACACUUCUCAAACAUAUUCCUCGUGGAUUGCAAGCCAUGGUGACAGAACUGGAGGAACACAUUACAAAAACUGGUCUUCAAGCAAUCAGAUCAGUCAAAGUUGAGAAUGGCCCACAGCAAUAUGUAGACGAACUACUGGGAAUCCACAGAAAAUUCUCACAUCUCAUCAAGGAUACAUUUAGGGACGAUCCUGCAUUUAUAUCAGCUUUAGACAAGGCUUGUGCAAGUUUAGUCAAUUAUAGGCAUGAUCCUAAACGCUCUUCAAAAUCUCCAGAACUGCUCGCCAAAUACUGCGAUUCCAUACUAAAAAAGAGUACAAAGAAUCUCAGUGAUGCAGAGUUAGAUGAAAAACUUGGGGAUAUUAUUAUUAUUUUUAAAUAUAUCGAUGACAAGGACAUAUUUCAAAAGUUCUACUCCAAAAUGUUAGCAAAGAGACUUAUUCACACACUUUCAGUUUCAAUGGACGCUGAAGAAGGAAUGAUCAGUCGCUUAAAGCACGCAUGUGGCUAUGAAUACACGAACAAGCUUCACCGCAUGUUUACGGACAUCAGUAUCAGCUCUGAUCUCAACUCUAGUUUUAACGAUUUCCUCUCUAAUGCCGAGGUGUCUCUUGGAGUUACUUUUACCCUCUUUGUCUUACAGUCUGGGGCGUGGCCUCUUGGGCAGACUUCAAUCUCACCGCUGUCCAUCCCCCAGGAAUUAGUAAAAUCCGUUCAAAUGUUUGAACAAUUUUACAAUGGAAGAUUUAAUGGCCGCAAAUUGACGUGGUUACAACACCUGUCGACCGGUGAAGUCAAAAUUAGCUACCUUAAGCGCCCAUACUUCAUCACAGUUACCACUUUUCAGAUGGCGGUCAUAUUGCUGUUUAAUGAAAAGACAAGCUUGCAUUUUAGCGAAAUCCUUGAACAAACCCAACUGGUGGAGAGAGAAUUAGUAAGGACGCUACAAUCUCUGGCGGACGUACGACUCAUAUUACUUUCUGAGGACGCCGACCCAACCAAGUGUAUGUAUUCUUUAAACAUGGAUUUUUCCAGCAAACGGACGAAGUUGAAAAUUACUGCCGCAGUCCAGAGGGAAACUCCUCAGGACACCGAACAGACCUUGUCAGCGGUCGACGAUGACAGGAAAAUGUACCUUCAAGCUGCCAUCGUCAGAAUAAUGAAAUCCAGAAAAGUUUUGAAGCACAACGCUCUUAUUCAAGAGGUCAUAAGCCAGUCGAGUGCACGAUUCACGCCCAGUAUAGCAAUGAUCAAGAAAUGCAUCGAAGCACUGAUCGACAAACAGUAUAUUGAGAGACGGGAGGGGAGUAAGGACGAGUACACUUACAUGGCAUGACGGGAAAGCUGAUCGAUUACCAAGCUCUCAAACAGUCUGGAACUUGUUUGGAUAUCAAAGGGGCCCAUUCUACCCCCUCGCAUCGGACCGUUUAUGAAGAACAGAGAUAAAGACUAGGCCGAGAAGGAGAUGUGCCGUAAUUUUGUAGUGAAAUAAGCUCGUGCUAAUCUAAAUGAAUUGCGAACUGCAUACAGUUUUAAGAGCUUCUGUGCUAAGUUUUCUGCGAUGCAACACACAAUUGUUAAAUCGCUUUCUAACUGUGCGCUGACUUUAAAACUUGUGCGCGCGAUGCCUCGUAUUUAUUGAAAAUUUUUCCUCCGAUAUAUUUUCGAGGUACAUUAACUGAACGCGAUUCUGAGCAAUUGAUGGGUAAGUUUCUUUUUUUCGCCGUUUUCAUCGAAUUUUUUUUUUUUUAGAACAAUUUAUUUGCCAAGGGCAUUUUUUUUCUCCUGUAAACAAACAUUUUCUUCUAUAGACUUGUUUAUUUGAAUUUACAGCAUUGUGACUUGGUAUCUUUUUGUACAUUAGUCUACUUGUAGAGUCUAAGAACUAGUGUUUGGGUUUCUUUGAUAAAUCCUCUUUUCCCUUGGAAUGGUCAAUUGUGAAGGUCAUGUAGAGGACGUAUCGUUCACCCUUCUUACCAUAAAAGCAGCGGUCGAACGUUGGGCAUGCGCGAGAGGAUCCAUUCUGGCCGGCCACGCGCAAAUUUAGAAAAGGGCAUAUGAAUGGAGUAGUAUGCUCAACCCCUAAGCUUUCAGUAACCGACGUGCUGAUGAUCCUUUUAAUCUUGAACAAAUACAAGAUCAAAGAAAGGACGAAACCUUUGAGGGGAAGAUUGGUGGUUAGGGGUCCUUUUCAAAGUUAGUACUUUUUUAAGAAAAACGGCAAAUUCCUUUUAUAUAUAUGAAAGAAAUGAUGCAGGGGACAAUAAAAGACACCGGUCACAUCACAUUAUCACAAUAAAAUUCUCUUUCGGAAGAGUUGAAAACUCAUUUCACCGAUGCACAGAAACUUCGACGUACUCUCGUCCACAUCUGUCUUUGACAGCUGAUUAUGUUUAAUUUUCGAGUGGCCCCGUGACCCCAAUCAAAAACUGAAGGCGACAGUAAAUCUUAUAUGGAGCAACAACAAAAAAUGGGGAUGAAACUCACAUAUCGUCCUUCAACCUUGACAUUAAUUAAAGUUACCAUUCUGUUAAACCUUUUUUGAAAGAGUAGAUUUCCUGAAUGCGUUAAUAAAUGGGCAAGAUGUCUG